AUGGAGGACACAGAUGAAGACCACUCUGCCAACGAGAACAACUCCAUCGAUGAGAAAUACCCCGUCAAGGAAGACCACCCAGUCGAGGAAACUCCACCUGGGGAACCCCAAAUCAAAAGACACUCCUUUUUCAAAAGACCAAUCGACAUCCUAUUCGGACCCUUCCAAAACCUCGCCUUCCCAUUCGAGAACCCCCUCUGGAACACUCUUCCGCCUGCCGUUGCCAUCGGAACGACCUCAUCAGAUAACAUUACAGUCCUGCUUGAAGAUCUCCUCGCGCAAGAGUCACUAGAGGACAUUGAGGACCUCUGCGAGGAAGACCCCUCUCUCCGCAAGGUGUUUGACAACAACAAGGCCCAGGUCCUCCGGAAACACAUCGCCCCAGAAGCCUGGGCCGACGCCAUCUGCUGCGUUGAUCGCCGCCUUCAGCACUUGGGCAAGGCCGCCAGGGAGGCCUUUGACCGAGACUACGCCGACGGGACCGUGGCAGACUAUCCCCCGCCCCAAGAUGGCACCGCAAGAGGCGGGACGGCUUCAGCUGCUGGCAGCAGCAGCAGCAGCAGAUCAAUCUUUUCCUUUUCCUUCUCCUCACUUGGAGGCAAUCGUGCCCAAAAGACCAAAAAGCCCCAGCCCACAGACCGCGGACAAUGGGACCUCAACGACCUCUGCAAUCUCGUCAAGGUCAUCAACAAGCUCCUGGACAGGAUCUCGGAAUGCCAAAAGUUGUACGCCUCCUUGGAGGAGUGGGAAAACAGCUGGCAAGAUCGCCGCCCGGACGACUUCCCCGAGGACUGGGGUCCCGAAGGCGAGGAGAUCCGACCCCAGUUCAUCAGGCUCUGCAAAGACAACGGCACCGAAGACCCCAUGCACUUUGCCUACGCCUUUGAGCGGCACACGGCCUUUGACGAGAGGGGCCCCUUGUACGAGGGCGUCGAUCUCACCGAGGGGACGCCGACGAACCGCGCAAAGCUCCAGCGCGCCUUCUUCCGCCUCGAGUUCAUGAGGAGAGCAUUCUACCAACGCCCCUUUUUCCCCCGCGGCGCAAAAUGGCAGAACCGCACCGCGACAAUGACGGAAGGCCGCGUCCGCGGCGCCGCGGGCGAAACCUAUGCAACCCGCCUCGCGCGCGCCGACAAGAUGUUCAAGCGCUGGACGCCCGACGACUUUAUAGAGGUCAUCUGCGCCUUCAAAGCCACCUUGAACGAGUACGCCGUCCCCAUACGCGACCUCCUACAAGACUUUCACACCAACAUUGAAUACUACCGCAACUGCGAGGACCAGGACCGCUUCCACGACGCCUGCGGGACGCGCGGCGAGCAACUCGAGGACAACGGCCGCGCCAUCGGCCUGCAGUGGGAGCAGGACCCCUUCCACCUGGAGGAGCGCCUGGUUCCAAUGUGGGAUAUCGAGCCCUCAGACGACUUUUACUCGCUCCGCGCGCAGCUGCUCGACGACCGGGCCGACGGCAAGCGGCUCGCCGCCGAGUGCUUCCCCGCGCCCCUCGCGCGCGCCGAGUUUGACGAAUGGCACAGCACAAUCUACCGGUCCGAAAGGGUGCGGUUCGCGCCGCGGAACAAGCGCGAGAGGGAGGAUCCUGCGCAGAGGGUCUCGGCCAAGGAGGCGCACCCCGUGCUGGCCAUGUCGCGGUUCCUGCACGUCCUGUGCAGCCUGCCGCUGGCGUUUCUCGACGAGUUCCUCGCCAUGCCGACGCACGACAAGCACAGCUUUCUCCGUUCGAGCUACUGGGCCGUCGCCCGCGUCAAAGCCUCGAGGGCGCCGUCGUUCCUCUCGGGCGAGAUGCGCGCGUGGUGCAGCAAGCCCGCCGCCGCCGCCGCCACCGCCGCCGUCGACCACGACGAGGACGGGGAUCCGGACAGGGGGAACCGCCCCCGUCUGUUCCCCGAGCUCUCCGUCCGCGCCGCGUCCAUUGGCUGCGUCGCCAAGGUAUACGAGUACAUUGAGAACCAUUACCUAGGCUUCAGGAUCGCGACCUACCCGGAAGAACAAGGCGGCUGGUGCAAGUGGUGGUGGGACGACGUGCGCCUCCCGGCCCUGGUCUGGGACGAGCUGCACUGGGAGCUGACGUCCGAGACGGUCCGGAUCAACCACGUCUUCCGCAUGAGCGACGUCCAGUGGCGCCAGGUCUGGCGGUCGGAUCGGGAAUUCGAGCGGCAGGUCUGGACGGGCCGGGCGAUGGACCGCGAGGUGUGGGAAGGGUACGGGGCCGCGGACCCGAACGGGUGUUAUUGUCAUUGGGGAGGGGGCUGCGGGAUUUGCGUGCCGUUGCCGGAGGUCGAGUUGCCCGAGUGGGAGCUGAUGACGCCGGCGGAGGUGUUGGAGGAGUCUAAUCUGAUGGGAUUUAUGCGGGAGCCGUGGAGUAAGCUACCGGAGUUGGAGGAGGCCGUACUGGAAUAUGUCGGGACGGUUGGCGUUGUGCCGAUUCAAUAUGAGGAGUCUAUCUAG